AUGCAAUAUCCAUACCUUUUGUUUUGGUUUUCCGUAUGGGUCACGUUGACAAUUGCCCAAUUGCAGACCUUCACACCCCCAGGUCAAAAUGAGAUCACAUACGCCGUCAACGUUCCUAAACAAACAACCACCUCUGGCAUAGGCCCCAUAUAUUUCCAAUUGAAAUCUACCCGUGAACUUCAAUGGUUUGCAUGGGGCCAGGGAUCUCGGAUGCAAGGAGCAAAUAUAUUUGUUGUUUAUGCAUCUGCCGACGGCAAUAAUAUUACGGUCUCUCCCCGGCUAGGAGCGGAGCACGUCGAACCGCUACAUAACCCAAAAGCUCAGAUCUCAGUCUUGGAUGGUAGUGGAAUCAGCAAUGGAGUCAUUACUGCAAAUAUUAGAUGCGAUAGUUGCAUUACCUGGCCUGGUGGGCGUGAAGACACAACAAGCUCGGCUAGUCCUUGGGUGUGGGCUUUCAAAUCCGGGAAUCCACUCGACACCAACAGCUUAUCAGCAACAAUCAUCACACAUGAUGCUUCGGGCGUUGCAGCUCUAAACCUCCGAGAUGCAACCGGUGGCACUUCUGACAACCCAUUCUUAACUUCAUCGGGCAAGACCCUGAGUUCGAGACAGGCUCUCACCUUUCUCAACACUCCUGCCAUUCAUAAGAAACGAAUCGCCCAUGCUGUUAUUAUGAUAACUGUAUUUGUUAUAUUUUUCCCUUCAUUUGCACUCGCACUUCGUAUUUUUCCUUCUUCUGCAACAGUGUGGGUCCAUGCAUCCUUGCAACUCUUUACUCUUGCUCUGGCAAUCGCCGGUUUUGGUCUUGGCGUCUCGAUGGCAAGAGAGGAGAACAUCAUAGGGUACUAUCAUCCAAUUAUUGGGAUGGUGGUUGUCCCGUCUCUUAUCCUUUUCCAGCCUGCCAUGGGCCUCCUUCAACACCGGUAUUUCAGCAAAUCCGGAAAGAAGGGAUUGUUUGGAUAUUUGCAUCAGUGGUUUGGCCGUUGUAUGAUUAUUCUCGGAGUCAUCAAUGGUGGCCUUGGUUUCCGUAUCACUGGAAUUGGUUUAUCGAUUGCUCCUACCGGAGCAGUUAUCGCAUACAGCGUGGUCGCUGGAGUCUUUGGAAUUGUUUACUGUUUGUUGGUCCUUUUCUUUGCCCGGAGAAGAAGAUUGCAAAGAUCUUGA